UCCUCUCCUAAAGAUCCCGAGCUUUCUGUUAUCCUUAUAAGGUAGAGUGAUCAUUAAUACAAGUUACCAGGUUAUCUCAUCUGAGAAAAGUGAGCUCACCCCAAACAUAUUUGGGAUUCCUGAAGGAAAAUAAAUAGGUUUAAUUAGGUUCUCACCCAAUAAAAAUCCCAAGACAUCAAUCAGUAAGGGAGUUUUAAUGGAAGAAGUAACCUGUAAACCUCAAAGUAACAGAGCAGACUGUGCAGAUGGCAUUGACCAUUGCAAACUGAAAUACUCUUGUAAUCUGGAUGCAAGAUAAAUAACAAGUUUAAGAAAUAUUUGUUUUUUUAAAUUGCGAUAGAACUUAUAAUGCCAUCAUUAACCCAUCCCAAUUUCAGUAUCAGAGCACUCUCUAAAGAGGGUCACUUGAAAGAGGCGCUACACAUUCUCCUUACCACACACAACCCUCCUGUGAACUCUGCUACAUAUAUUCAGCUGUUGCAGUCCUGCAUUGCGAAGAAUUCGUUUUGUGAAGGUAAACAAUUGUACUCUCACUUUAAUGACAAGGGACAUACAUUUGUAACAGACAGGCUUUUAGAAAGUAAACUUAUUCACAUGUAUGAUAGGUGCGGAUGUUUGGUGGAUGCUCGGAAAGUUUUCAACAAUAUGACGGAACGAGAUAUUUUAUCAUGGAAUACAAUGAUUGCAGCUUACAGAGGGCAUGGGAUUCCUCAAAAGUCAUUUACACUGUUUCGCCAAAUGCAGUUAAUAGGCGUGAAGCCCGAUCAAUUCACAUUUGCCAGUGUGCUUCCAGCAUGCGCCAAAAUGAGAGCUUUGGAACAGGGUAUGCAAAUCCAUGGAAGAAUAAUUGAAGGAGGUUUUUUGUCAGAUGAUGUAGUUAUGACUGGCCUGAUAGACAUGUAUGCAAAAUGUGGAGAAGUAGAGAAGGCACACCAGGUGUUUGACAAAAUGCGUCAAGCGGAUGUGAUCUCAUGGACUACAGUAAUUGCUGGAUAUGCUCGAAAUGGUUUUGAUGAGAAGGCUUUGGAAGUUUUUAGGCAAAUGCAACUGGAAGGUGUGAUUGCUGACUCAUCAACAUUUGCCAGCGUUCUCUCGGCUUGCGCAAAGCUUGGAGUUUUGAAACAGGGGCUAGAGAUCCAUCGAAAUAUAAUUGAAAGUGGAUUUUUGUCAGGUGAUGUACUUGUGACUGCCCUGAUACAUAUGUAUGGAAAAUGUGGAAGUAUACAAAAGGCGCGUGAAGUGUUUGACAAAACGUGUCAUGCAAACGUGUUCUCAUGGACUGCGAUGAUUGCAGGAUAUGCACAAAAUGGUGAUCUGAAUGAGGCUUUGAGGCUGUUCAAAGAAAUGCCUCAAAGAAGCGUAGUCUCAUGGACUGCAAUGAUUGCUGGAUGUGCACAAAAUGGGUUUGUGGAAAAAGCUGUAGAAAUUUUCAAGUUAAUGCAAUCGGCUUGUGUAAAACCAAACUCAGCAACCUUCGCCAGUACGCUUCCAGCCUGUACAAAAAUGGAAGAUUUGGGAUUCGGUAAAGAAAUCCAUCAAAAAAUUAUUGAAAGUGGAUAUAAUUCAAAUGUUAUAGUUGUGAAUGCUCUGAUAGGCAUGUAUGCAAAUUGUGGAAGCAUACAAAAAGCCCAAAAAUUGUUUGACAGAUGUGCUCGGCAAAGUAUGGGAUCAUGGAAUACAAUGAUUUUAGGAUAUGCACAAAAUGCAGCUCUUGAUGAGGCCUUAAGGCUUUUGAAAGAUAUGCCUCAACAAAAUGUGGUCUCUUGGACUGCAACCAUUGCCGUUUGUGCACAAAGUGGUCUUGUUGAAGAAGCCUUGGAAAUUUUUAGGCAAAUGCAAUUCACUAGUGUAAAGCCAGGUUCAGUAACCUUUUCCAACAUCCUCCCAGUAUGUGCUAAAUUGAGAACUUUAGAAACGGGCAUUGAAAUUCAUCAAAAAGUGAUAGAGAGUGGAUUCUUUUUAGAUGUUAUGGUUGUGACUUCCCUCAUAGAUAUGUAUGCUAAAUGCGGAAGCGUACAAAAGGCUCACAAUUUGUUUGACAAAAUGCCUCAUCGAGAUAUCGUUUCAUGGAAUGUAAUCAUUGCUGGUUAUGCGCAUAAUGGAUUUGUUGGAAAGGCGUUGGAGGUUUUCAAGCAAAUUCAUUCGGAAGAUGUAGAGCCAGAUUCUGUAACCUUUGCCAGCAUUCUCGUAGCAUGUUCUAAAAUGGGAGCUCCUGAUCAAGGUAUGGAAGUUCAUCAUCAACUAAUCGAACAUGGAUUUUUAUCAGAUGAUAUAGCUGUGACAACCCUUCUAGACAUGUAUACAAAAUGUGGAAAGAUAGAUAAGGCACAUCAAUUGUUUGACAAGCUACCUCAACAAAAUGUUGUCACAUGGUCGGUAAUCAUUGCUGGAUAUGCACAAAAUGGCCUUGUUGAAAAAGCGUUGGAGAUGUUCAAGGAAAUGCAAGUAGCAGGUGUAGAGGCAGACAUAUCCACCUUUACCAGCAUCCUCCCAGCUUGUGCCAAAUUAGGAGUUUUGGAACAGGGUAUGGAGGUCCAUAAAAAAAUAAUGGAAAGCAAAGUUAUGUCAGAUGGCGUUGUCACAAAUGCACUAAUAGACAUGUAUGCAAAAUGUGGAAGUAUAGAAAAGGCACACAAAGUGUUUGAUAAAAUGCAGUAUCCAAAUGUGGUCUCAUGGACAACGUUGAUUGCAGGAUAUGCAAUGCAUGGCUACAGCAAGGAUGCCCUAAAACUUUUUGAACAAAUGAAUCACUCUGGAAUCAACCCUAACCAUGUAAGCAUGGUUUCUGUUUUAUUUGCAUGCAGUCAUGCAGGUCUAGUAGAUGAUGGUUGUAAAUACUUCAACCGCAUGAGUGAUUGCUAUUGCAUUACGCCUGCAAUGGAUCAUUUUGUAUGUAUGGUUGACCUCCUUGGUCGUGCUGGCUUUCUUCAAGAAACCCUAAACUUUAUUAUCAAAAUGCAAGUAAAACCUGCUGUGACUGUGUGGAUUUGUUUUCUUGGUGCUUGUAGAUCAUAUAGGAAUUUAGGGUUAGGAGAAUUUGUGGCAACACUUCUUUUUGAGAUGGACUAUAAAAAUGCUGCACCAUAUGUUCUUCUAUCCAACAUUUAUGCAGAUGUGGGCAGGUGGGGUAGCAUUCAAAAGGUGAGGAAAUUAAUGAAAGAUAAUGGAAUUAGAAAGAAUCCUGGAUGUAGUUGGAUAGAAGUCCACAAAAGUCUACACGUCUUUUGUGCAGGGGACAGAUCGCACCCACAAACACAUGAAAUCUAUUCAAAAUUGGAGGAAUUGUCUUGGGAGAUGAAAGCGGUAGGGUAUGUUCCUGAUACAAGACUUGUAUUGAAUGAUGUGGAGGUGGAGGAGAAAGAAUUAUUGCUUUGCUACCAUAGUGAAAGACUGGCAAUGGCCUUCGGUUUGUUAUACACAUCCCCUGGAACAACUAUUAGAGUUGUUAAAAACCUUCGAGUAUGUCAUAACUGCCACACUGCAACCAAAUUUAUCUCAAAGAUUAUUGCAAGAGAAAUUAUUGUGAGAGAUGCAAACCGAUUCCAUCAUUUCAAAGAUGGACUAUGUUCUUGUGGAGAUUACUGGUGAUGCUGAGUGAAUCAGACUACAAAUCAGGCUCGCAUUAUACCAAGAUGUGCUGUGUGAGACAUGAAGUGGUAAGAAGGAAACUGAUCUAUUUUCGGUUUUUAAAUUUUUUUUUUCUUAAAUGUUUGAAGAGAUGGAACGUGCUGUUAAAUAUAUCAAACCAUAUUGUAUGGUAUGCAUGUCUUCCUGGAUAUAAUGAUGGAGUUGAAAGCCUUGCUUUA